AUGUGGUCUGUAGCACUGUGGCUAUUCCCUCUACUCUGCAGAUUCAGCUUGGCAGCUCCACCACAUAAGCCUGAGAACAUUUCUUGCAUCUACUACUACAGGCAUAAUUUCACUUGUACGUGGAGCCCAAAAAAGGAAGCCAAUGACACAUGGUACACAGUUAAGAGAAAUUAUCACCAAAAUAAAAGCGAUAUUUGUACAAGUAAAAAUCGUGCUUCGUGUUCCUUUUUCCAUCCAAGAGUUACAUACCCAGAUGUUUACAUCAUUGAGGUGGAAGCUCAAAAUAAAGAUGGCAUCAGUAAGUCUGAUACAACAGUGUGGACCUUAGAUAACAUAGUGAAAAUUGAACCACUCAAAAUUUAUGAUGUGAACCCAAUUUUGGGUGUUAAGCAAAUGGUUCAGAUAAAAUGGAGAAGACCUGUAUUAGCACCUGUGUCAGCCACAUUAAACUACACACUUCGAUUCAGGACCGUAAAUAGCACCAAAUGGCUGGAAGUCAACUUCACCAGUAAGGAUAACGAUUUCGACCAAACAUUCGACCUCACUGGGCUGCAACCUUUUACAGAGUAUGUCCUAGCUCUGCGAUGCGCAGCCAAUACUUCAAAUUUCUGGAGUGACUGGAGCCAAGAAAAAACGGGAACAACCGAGGAACAAGCUCCAAAUCGCCUGGAUCUAUGGGGAAUCCUGGGACCAGCUAAGGCAAAUGGAACAAGACCAGUGCACUUGCUAUGGAAGGAGGCAAAAGGAGCCCCAGUUUGGGGAAAACCAGUUGGCUACAACAUAUGGUACUUUCCAGAAAACAACACGAAUCUCACAGAGACAAGGAAUACAACUCAUCAGCAACUUACACUUCAUCUGGGGAACAAGGUGUACUGGGUGUCAGUGAUUUCUUAUAAUUCUAUGGGGAAGUCUCCAAAGUCUACCUUGAGGAUUCCUGCUAGUCAUGAAACGUCAUUCCAGUGCAUUGAGGCCAUGCAAGCCUGGCUCACUCAAGACCAGCUGGUGGUGGAGUGGCAAAGCUCUGCUCCAAAAGUGAACACAUGGAUUGUUGAGUGGGUUCCAGAUCUGGACUCAGAACCCACUACCUUUUCCUGGGAACUUGUGUCACAUGAUAGGAUCUGGACAGCCAAACAAGAUAAAUUAAAGCCUUUCUUGUGCUAUAACAUCUCUGUGUAUCCAAUGCUUGACAAGCAAGUGGGUGAACCUUAUUCCAUCCAGGCUUAUAUCAAAGAAGGAGUCCCUUUAAAAGGUCCCAUGACCAAGGCAGAAAACAUUGAUGUGAAGACAGUCACAAUAACAUGGGAAGAGACUCCCAAGAGUGAGAGACGUGGCUUCAUCAACAACUACACCAUAUUUUAUCGAGCUAAGAACGGCGAUGAAGUUUCCAAGACAGUCAAUGCUAGCAUACUGCAGUAUGACCUGGAGGCCCUAACACGGAAUACCCCUUACACCGUUUAUGUCAUGGCCAACACCAACGCUGGAGGAGCCAAGGGCAAUGAGAUCAACUUCAAGACGCUAUCCAUUAGUAUUAUUGAGGUUUUCCUCAUAUCUUGCCUGGUUGGAGGAGGCCUUCUCAUUUUCAUCAUCCUAAUGGUGAUAUACGGUCUGAAAAAACCCAACAAAUUGAAACACCAUUGUUGGCCUGUUAUCCCCAACCCUGCUGAAAGCAGUAUAGCUAUGUGGCGUGGUGAUGGUUCCAAGAAUAAGCUAGCCUUGAAGGAGGCCCAGCUUGAUAGUGUCACGAACACAGAUGUAGACAAGAUUCUAAAACUGCAGUAUGAACUCAGUGAUGAGUUGAUGGUGAACUCAGAGCGCCUUCUGGUGGAUGUUUGCAUAGAAGAAUCUCUGAAGCAUCAGAAGAACAUUGAAGGGGAAAAGAAUGAGUAUGUGACCUCGCCCUACAUGUUGUCUUCUUCUCCGAGAAAGAGCUUGCUGGAGGUGCCGACGUCAGCUGAGAUCCCACCCAGAAAAGCUGAGAGUCUGAGUGAGGGAACUCCACCAGCGACCUGCUCUGACACCAAAGAGCAACUUCUCGCCUCUGGCCAAAGUCUGACCCCAGCUCAUCUCUGUGAGGAGACAGCACCCAAUCCGUAUUUGAAAAAUUCAGUGACAACGAGAGAAUUUCUUACUUCUGGGAAACUUGCAGACCAAACUGAGAGAGAAGACUAG